UUCAAAAUGGCGGAAGAAGUGGCGUCUGAAAGUGGAGAACUACACUCAAAAUCGGCUAGUGAAGAGCCACAGAUGAUUGYCUCUAAUCAAAAUAUUACUGAAGAAGGAAAGCAUCCUGAGUGUACUGUAGCUGAUACUGGAACAAGACACCGAAUGAUUUCAGAGUCUAGUUUGAAUGAAGAUAGCAAUGCAGAACUUCAAGAAACAUGCAGAGAAGCGUUUAACAAAAUAACCGAGUAUCUGAAUGGAGAACUAACUGCUUCCCUUGAUGAUUAUGAACUUCUUGAAAAACUCAACAAUCUUUCAACGUCAAAAUAUGAAGAAAUGUCUAAAAUGGCAAAGACAUUAAUUGCAUCGAUGGAAGAACUGGACGAUAAAUAUAAGAAUUUGCAACCAUAUUUAGAACAAAUUGACAAAGUAGAGGACAGUGUUGCUAGCCUAGAACAAGCAGCAUAUCGACUAGAUGCCUAUUCCAAGAAAUUAGAAACCAGAUUUAAAAGGCUUGAGAAAAGAUAGUGUGAGGUUAGUUUACUUUAACUGCAGAAUAWUACUUGAAAACACACCAAAUUCUGUAAAUAAACAACCUUGUACAUGAUUAUGAACAGUUACCAUGGUGAUGUAUAGUUGUCUUUGAGAACCUGGUAUCUUUUAUGACCRAAAAGCCUGGGUACUAUUGAUGCUGGGUAAUAAAUAGAAUGAAAGAUGUAUUCAGCAAUGAAAACAAUCAACUGAUAUCGAAAGAAUAGGAUGUUAUAGAAUGAUAUAUCAUAACAGAUAUCAAAUCAAGAAAUCAACAUGGACAAAAUUUUUAAAUCAUCAUUUUACUCAGAAGACUCAAAAAGUAUUAACUGAUUUGUUGAUUGUUUCAUUUGAUGUUGUUUACUGUUUUAAUCAUUAACGAUAUGCACAGAAAGAGAAAUCUAACACAGUUAUAAUGUUUUAUUGUAAUUACUGUUAAUUSAUGGUGUGAAAGUGCACUUUCUUAUCAAAAUAUCAUGUACAACUGUACUCAAAAGUAGAUGCUCAUCUCUUUUAACAGUUUAUGAAACAAUACUUUAAAUGAAUUGGAAAAUAGAAUUUCAGUAUCUUGYGGUCUUCUUUCUAGUUAUGUGCUUUUGUUGGCAAUAGUUAACAAUUUUUUCACAAAAGUCUUGACUUGCUUGUUGCGAUCUUUUGAACUGCAAAUAAAUAGUAAURAUUAAUGAAAGAUUCAAUAUAUGUGUCUAAUGUAGUUUCUACAGGGGUUACCUAUUCAUUAUGUAUUUAGAAAUUAGUCAAAUAUUAUAAUUAUUGUAAUUUAUUAAUACAACACUUUAUGGGACAGUUUACAUAACAUGAGGGAUAUUUUCUUAAUAAUUUUUUAUUUCCUUUGUUGGUUAGUUGGGUAUGAUUAUGGUAGUCAAAGUACACUGUUAGUUGUAGUAUAUGGUGCCAUUGUGCAAUUGUCCUGUGUUACUAACUCAUACCAAASUUAUGAUUGUUAGAUUCUAUAAAAUCUUUGAAUCUAAAAUAUACAGAUUGAAUCCAUAAGGAGGUCUUGUUUAAAUGUUCUAAAAGAUCUUGAAGGAAUUCUAGGCUUUUCUUUUGUUAGUCCCUCAUUUAAUGACGUCCUUCAUCGCAUGAUAGUGUCCAGACAAUUAGAAAAAGAAUAAAUCUCCCUUUUAGAUAAAGCACUUCAAAAAUAUUAACAAGGAAACUAUUACUUUGUUUUUAAUAUGAAACCUUAUCAAGACAACGAGGCGCCAUGCUAACAAACUCUAGAAGAUCAAUCGUUUAUGAUGGGAAAUUGAUUCAUUAAAAAUGUUGUACUU